GGACUUCCGGGGCGAGGCUUCGCCAGCGACAAAACUCCCCGGAUGCGUUGCGGCAGAGACCGGCUUGGAAAGAACUUUCUAGAACAGCCAGGCGCGGCGAGCGCAGCCGAGACCGGAGCCCGCCCAGCCCCCGCCGCCGGCCGCCCGCCAUGGUGAAGGAGACCACGUACUACGACGUGCUGGGGGUGAAGCCCGGCGCGUCGCAGGAGGAGCUGAAGAAGGCCUACCGCAAGCUGGCGCUGAAAUACCACCCGGACAAGAACCCCAACGAGGGCGAGAAGUUCAAGCAGAUUUCCCAGGCCUAUGAAGUACUCUCUGAUCCCAAGAAGAGGGACUUGUACGACAAAGGUGGCGAACAGGCUAUUAAAGAGGGUGGUACUGGCAGUGGUUUCGGGUCACCCAUGGAUAUUUUUGAUAUGUUCUUUGGAGGAGGCGGAAGAAUGCAGAGAGAGAGGAGAGGUAAAAAUGUUGUUCAUCAGUUGUCAGUAACUUUGGAAGACUUAUAUAAUGGUGCAACAAGAAAACUGGCUCUGCAGAAGAAUGUGAUCUGUGACAAAUGUGAAGGCCGAGGUGGUAAGAAAGGUGCAGUAGAAUGCUGUCCCAAUUGCAGAGGUACAGGCAUGCAAAUACGAAUUCACCAGAUAGGACCAGGAAUGGUUCAGCAAAUCCAGUCUGUGUGCAUGGAAUGCCAGGGACAUGGGGAGCGUAUCAGUCCUAAGGACAGGUGUAAAAGCUGCAUUGGAAGGAAGAUUGUUCGAGAGAAGAAGAUUCUAGAAGUUCAUAUUGAUAAAGGAAUGAAGGAUGGUCAGAAGAUAACAUUCCAUGGGGAAGGGGACCAAGAACCAGGACUAGAGCCAGGAGACAUCAUUAUUGUCUUGGAUCAAAAAGACCAUUCUACAUUUACAAGGCGAGGUGAAGACCUGUUCAUGUCCAUGGACAUACAGCUGGUUGAGGCACUGUGUGGCUUUCAGAAACCUAUUGCAACGCUGGAUAACAGAACUAUAAUUAUUACGUCUCAUCCUGGUCAGAUCGUCAAGCAUGGAGAUAUCAAAUGUGUGCUGAACGAGGGUAUGCCAAUUUAUCGCAGACCGUAUGAAAAAGGGCGCCUGAUCAUGGAGUUCAAGGUAAACUUCCCAGAGUGUGGCUUCCUCUCUUCUGAUAAGCUCUGUCUAUUGGAAAAACUUCUACCUGCAAGGAAGGAAGUGGAAGAAACUGAAGAAAUGGAUCAGGUAGAGCUGGUGGACUUUGACCCUUCUCAAGAAAGAAGACAGCACUACAAUGGAGAAGCCUAUGAAGACGAUGAGCAUCAUCCUAGAGGUGGUGUUCAGUGUCAGACAUCUUAAAAUGGCCAGUGAAUAACCAUUGUGAUGCUUGUUUUGUAUGCAUUAGUGGGUGAGUGAAGACCUACAGGCAGCUCACUCGCUCCUUGCUAUUGUUUUUGUUUUAAUAUUCAACCAUAGUUGUGUUUUUUUAAAACAAGUUAAUGAAUAAAAUCAAUAUUAGAAAACCA